AUGGAGGUGGAGGGAAAGGAGGAGGGGGGUUUAGGGUUUCCGCACUGGGUGGCAUGUCUCCGGAAGGUCGGGCCACACGACCCAUUUUUCACGGCCGGGAAUGCCGAGCGGGAGCUUCUCGCUAAACAGGUGAUUUCGCUCUCCCUCUUAACCCAGCGACUAAACGACUUUCGAUACGUGCUGCCUCUGUUCCGUUCUUUGUUGCCGGAAGAGCGUCGGCUUCGUCGAUCGCGCAUCAUUAGCUUAGGUUGGCUUUUGGAGAGGCACGUUGGUAUCUUCGGUGCUUGCAUCGUGGCCGUUCGUAGUGAAUUAUAUUCUAUUAAUUGCAUGUUUUCCUGAACGGUUUUUAUUUUCAUAAUUUUUUUUCCAUAAGAACGUCGAUAAGAGCUUCUUACGCAGGCUACUAAGUUUACAGGAGCUUACAAGGUAUUUAUUGAAGCAGUUGCUUUCGAUAGAUGUAAGAUUUUAUAACUCGUACGUUUGGAAUGACUACAGUUGAAACUAAAUUUUGACAUUGUUUUAUUCUAUAGACGGAUCACUUUUAUGGAUUUAACGCAUCAAUUUUUUUUUAUCUAAUCUAGAUUAUGCGUGAAUGAAACGUUAGAGAAAAGGGCCUGGUCUUUGUAGAAUUAUUGAUAAUUAAUAGCCUUUUCAUGCAAAGACCUGCAUCGACCAUUGUUUGGACUAUUGAUGCCAUCUUAUGUGUCGGCUAAGGAGUCAAUCAAUCAUAGGCGCUACAUAAGAGAUAUCAGUGGAGGUGAUCUGUAAGCGAUCUGCUCAACCGCAAGUAUAGAGUUUCAAUUUUUUAAACUAAUGUGCAUUUACUUGUGCAACCCCAUGACAACAAGUGUAUGGUCAGUAAGGGCGUCACCUGGGUCUUUCUUCGUUCGUGGAUUUCAUUCUAGUAAGCAUCUGGAUCUUUGAAAUGGGAUGCUUGCACUUUGAACUGUUAUUCUUGAAUUUCAUCAAAAGAAAAUGGUUCCACGAAAGUACAAUUUUUGAGUUUUUAAUUCUUUUCAAUUAAUCAUUUCUCUUGGGGUUUUAGGUGGAGUCUGACUUGGAAAUGUUUAAUCUCCAUGUAGCUUACAUUAGAUCUGACGGAAGAUGAAAGAUUUCAGCUUCAAUCCAUGGAAGAUGCAGAAGGAGAGUACGUGCUGUUUAAACUAGUUUCUUCUCUGUUAAGCUGUGUGGCAAGGAUACUGUUUAUGAAUUUUUCUUUCAUUCAUUUCUCUUGAUGGUUGCUUUGUAUCAGAGUGGAAAAGAUAACUUAUUCGAGCAAAAGUUGACGAAUGAUAUUUUUUUCUGCAUUGAAAACGACGUUUUUAUAGCAUCAUGAUAAUUACAAGGUUUAGUGUACACACAUGACAUCACCGCAAAACGUACUAUCCUCAUUCUCCUUUGGACUAUGUAUUGCAGUUGACGGAUCACAAAAGGAAGAGAUUAAUUUUGUAAAGAUCCCGUCAUUAUGGAAAUGUAAACCCGAUAGAAAAAUUAUGCCAAUUCAUUUACAUUCUUCUUUCGUGAUAGGUCAAAAGUUUAUCUCACCUAAGUAGUUGUUGAAACGGGAUUGGAGGUUCCUUUUGGAGUUUCUUGGUGAUAUUGUUCAGUUCGCCUUCUUGUUUAGGAAUGUGGUUCAUUACCCUCUUUUUAGUAUCAAAGAGGAUCCAGAUUUGAAAAGGUGUUUUGAUUAUGUUCUUUCCUGAAGACGACGAUGGUGAAUUUUUAGAUGACUACGUAUCUUCACAAAGUUGCCCUUAACUGAUUUGGAGUAAUUGUUGAUAAAAUGCACUUGUGUCAUGCCACGUGGGUCGUGGGCGAUUCGGUCAAAGAUGUUAUUCUUUUGGGAUGAGAGGCUAUAUAAGCCUUGUUGGCAGUUUUCCACGUAAUUUUCAUGGAUAGAAGGCCUUAUGGACGCCUCUGUGGGCUACUUUUCGAAUGUUUCAGCAUGAUGACAGUGGGUUCUCCUCUUUUCAUAUUUUUAUUACUGAAAUAUAUCACCUUUCCUGAAACCCUCUAGUGAUGUUUACUACAGUUGUUUCUUAAUAUUCACGAAAUGUCUCAGACCUGAGCUUUCAGUAGCAAUGGGUUACACCUACUUUAACUUGGAAAGGGUCUUCUUCUUCUUUAUUUUUCUUUGCAUUUAUCUAAAACUGCAUAUCUUUUGCGUUCACUCUUCCUUUGUUCUUUCUUAUCAAAGGCUAUAUAUGUUUCUCCUCAGACUGGCCGCACAUUGGUCUCUUUCCUAGCAAAUUUCUCAAUGCCAUCAUAAGCCCUAACCAAUUUAACCAAAAUGAGCUGUUAAGCUUAUCAAUCCUCUGUGCGAUGUGAGAAAGAAUCUGCUUUGUUUCUGUGCAACUGAUUAUUAGGAUCAUCCUAUUGUUUUGCCGGUAGAUAUUAUAUUUUAACAAUGUCCAGAAAAUUUGACUCAUCAUAGGUGUAGUCAUGUGUUACGACCCUACUGAUAGCAUACUGUGAUGGAAAAGGAGGUCACGUGCGAAGCACUCGGGAGAAACUUCAGGAGACUUCCACAGAAUCGGAUGUCUCAGAUGAGAAUAACAGAGGAAUAUAAGUAGAGCUCUAAGGAACGGAAUGAGGGGAUGGAAAGCCAAGACUAAGAGAGGCAGGGGAUCGUCUCGAAUCCCAUCCCCACCCCCCACUUCUCUCCUUCCCUUCUAUUUCGAUAGAACCCCCAUUCUGACGCUCUAUCAACACUACACUGUCCUAGGUUGCUAAAUCAAUAUUGUUGAUUUUCUUUCCCCUGAUUCAUUCCGAUCCGAUCCCACCAAAGAGGAUCGUAUCAUCAUGCUUGCUUAUCUUAUACUCUCAUAUUUCCUUUAAUUACUUUUUGUUAAGGCAAGUGAAUUGUAGCAAGUGAUGAACACGGAAUGGCUCCUAGAUGUCAACACUUGCUUAGUGUGAGGACGUCAUUUUAUCUUCAGGAAAAAACUUCCGAUUGAUGAAUUAUUUCUCUAUCGCUCAGUUUAUUUAAUCAGUAUCAUGAUGACUGAUGUUCGAAAAUGGUAAUAUAUGGCUUGCCGUACACAACCUUCUUGGGUUUUGCCUGGUGUCUGUGGGGUUCAUCAACAAAUUCCUCUCUAUUCCCUUUCCCUGAAAAAGAAAAAAAAAAAGAAUUUUUUUUGGACCAUGUCGUAAUCAAGGUUUAGAAAAUCAUCUAAUCAUGUACCAUUUCCUUAUCUUUUCUCACCCUUGCAGUUGUGUACAUUAAUUUUUUUUAUCAAUUUAUUCAUCACUUUGUUGCUUUGUAUCUCUCAGAGAAUGUGAUUUUGUUAACUUCUCUCAAAAGAUAUUUCGUACACCUAAUAUUGUGAAAUCUGCAUAUAGGGGUGUAUUUUGCCCGAUUGUUGGGUGUGGUGCUCGGCUGAAAUCAUUGAAUGACUUCGAAGAUCACUACAACGCGCGGCAUACUGCAUCUUGUUCUGUGUGCUCAAGAGUAUUCCCUACGUCACGUUUGCUGAGUAUACAUGUCUCUGAAGCCCAUGACUCUUUCUUUCAGGCAAAAGUUGCACGUGGGUUUCCCAUGGUAAGCUCCUUUCUUUGCAGUUAAUUAUUCAAGACUCCGUUCUUUUAUUUUUCAGAAAGCUUUUUUAUUGUUUUUUGCUCCACAAGUGUUAUCGAGUCUUUUCUCCUAUGAAACACACAAGAUUUGUCCAGUUGCGUGGUUAACUCCUCUGUGAAAUCUCUCUAUUUUACGAAGAUCAGCCUUGGUUGGACCAGCAGUCUGACUCUGAAAAUGCCCAGCAAAAUGAGUCGGCUUAUGAUUGUAUUGGUUGCAUGGAUUCACGUCAGUAAGAACAGUGCAGCUCUUAUUCUCAUAGUUUUUAGGAAGUCUAAGGGUAGACCACCCACAAGUUUCUAAAACAAAACUUAUUUGUCCUAGCCGUUCUUCGUUUUCAUCAUCAAUACACGAACAGUAAGAAAUUAAUGUUAUCUAGUGACUGAAUCCCAUACGUCAUCCUCAAAUCUACAUCAAUCUUAUGUUGGACAAAAGAAUGAGAGAAAUUUCAAUAAUCGUAUGUCAUAAAGCAUGCAUUAAUGAAUCCUUAUCGUGAGAAGUUGUAAAUGUUGAGUGAACCAGUUUGAGUGUCUGGUGGAAGGCUGCGGGGUGAAGCUGAAGAGUUAUCAGAGCCGGCAUCAACACCUUGUUGAUAAGCACAAGUUUCCAGCAUCCUUCCAGUUUUUCAGGAAGGCGAACCCCUCCAAGAGACAGAGGCAGAAGAAUCAUCACAAACAGGUGGCAGCACCCCGGCGGGAGAAACCAAAGGACGAGAUGGAGGUGGAAGUCACUGUCUCUGAGGAGCGGAAGCAGAACAGGCGUCGCAAGCAAGCUUCACAGAGGAGAGGGGAGAUGAUGGAAACGCGCAUGAUAGUCGACGAGCAGAUGGAUGAUCUCGUCUUGGGGGUUUUAAAGCUGAGCACAUCCAACUCCGCGCCUUCCUCAAUCAGCUUCGGCCAUCGCCAUGCCCGGGGCUUCCAAUUCCUUCCUCGGUCCAUUGAACGCAGUAAGAAGACCGUCCCACCCACCGAUGGGAACGUAUAG